UAUUUAUAACUUUUUUAAUAUUUUAAGUAAUUUUGUUUGAAACUGAAGAUAUUAAGAGAUGAUUUAUCAAAUUAAGAUAUUAUUGUUUGCAUGUUACAUUUUAUCGGCUUUUUGCGCUCUCAUUAAUUCUAAAGAUAAACCAUUGAAAAUUGAAGAUUUUCAAAAAGAUCAAGUUGUAAGACCAAGUAAUCAAGGAGACCUACCAAAUGAACAUAAUGAAAUACAAAAUAAUAAUGAAAAUAUUCUAAAUGAAUGCAAUGAAUGUAAUGAAUGCAAUGAAUGUAAUGAAUGCAAUGAAUGUAAUGAAUGUAAUGAAUGUAAUGAAAACAAUGAAAUGCAGUUCAACAAUAAUUUAAGUGUUUUGGAAAUAAUAAGCAUGCAGAUGAAUACAUUGUUAUCAAAAGAAGAUACAAAUCAAGAUUGUAUGGUUACUAUUAAGAAACUUCAUGAAUUAAAACGCGUUAUGUUUAACGAAGGUACCAAUGUGGGUAUUUCAGAUAAAAAAAACACAGACAAUGAAAAUAUAAAAUUGAAUAUAGAAAAUUUAAUGGAUUUAUUUAACAGUACCAUUAUAUUUAAAAUUAAUUAUUUAACUGAUAUUUUGGAAAGUUUUAAAAAUAUUGAUGGAUAUAUUCCUGUCGAUAAAGUACAUCAAGCAUUUACAAUGAGCAAAUUAAAUAAAAAUAUAGUAGACAUAAUUCUAAAGAGAUUGACAAAACAAAAUGGCUGUGUUAAAUAUGAUG